CGCACAAAUCCACCAGCAACAACCGGUUAGUCACAUGACUAUCUCCUGCCUGCGCGCUCGGCUCUUCCUUGCUUCCCUGUUUGCUUGUAUUUCCGCGUUCAUUCUCGGGAGCGCUGCGUGCUGGAUGCCUGCCUCCGCCGCCGCGUCUGCCUGCCCCGCCGUUCUCCUCCGCCUUUUACGCACCGGACAGCGGGAGAAGGAGCAGCAGCAGCAGCGGCCCCGGCCCCGCGGAGAACCGAACCGGGGUAGUGUCCGGACCCACGCGCGACCAUGUUUACCCGGGUCAAGUCCGCGGUGGCGAGUUUUAUGGGGGGUAUGAUGUCCGGAGGAACCAACGGGGAACAUCCGAGCGGCUCCGAGCUGCCGCUGAGGUUCCCCUACACCAGACCCGAGUUCCUGGGACUGUCCCCGGACGAGGUGGAGUGCUCCGCGGACCACAUCGCCAGACCCAUCCUGAUUCUGAAGGAGACCAGCCGGCUGCCCUGGUCCACCGGCUACGCGGAGGUGAUCAACGCGGGGAAGAGUGCUCUGAACGAGGACCAGGCGUGCUGUGAGGUCCUGAAGGUGCACAGGAGGUCCACACGCUCACCCUCACGGAGAAGAAGGUCCUCUCUGCCCAACGGAGACGGACUCAGCCUCAAGGAGCAAGCGGAGCCUUCUCCAGAGGACCUGCCCUUCCAUUACUGGGCCCUGUUCGAUGGGCACGCCGGCUCUGGAGUGGCCGUCAUGGCGUCUCACCUCCUGCACCACCACAUCGCUCUGCACCUUCAGGAGGUCAUGGACAUCCUGCUCACCCCCUGUGUGGCGCCCCCUACCUGUUUGGGGGAGGAGCCUCUGAACCAGCACCUGGCCCCCGCGCAGAAGGGUCUGAGCAGGGCUGUGUCGCUGAGGGGAGCCGCUGGGGCCCCGGGGUCACCUCACGCUCCACCCGCACGCUUCUUUAGUGAGAAGAAGGUUUCACACGAGAGCCUGGUCAUCGGGGCCAUAGAGAACGCCUUCAAAGAUAUGGACUUCCAGAUCGAGAAGGAGAAGACGUUGUACAACAUCUCUGGAGGCUGCACGGCGCUGGCAGUGGUGUAUUUACUGGGCAAUCUGUACGUGGGGAACGCAGGGGACAGCAGAGCCAUCAUUAUCCGGUCUGGAGAGGUCAUCCCCAUGUCCUCAGAGUUCACUCCAGAGUCAGAGAGACAGAGGCUGCAGUUCCUGGCCUACAUGCAGCCGCACUUGUUGGGGAAUGAGUUCACACACUUGGAGUUCCCUCGGAGGGUGCAGAGGAAGGAGGUGGGGAAGAGGAUGCUCUACAGAGACUUCACCAUGUCUGGAUGGGCCUACAAAACCAUCGAUGACGAAGACCUGAAGUUUCCUCUGAUCUACGGAGAAGGGAAGAAGGCUCGGGUGCUCGCCACCAUCGGCGUGACCAGGGGUCUGGGGGACCACCAGCUCAAAGUCCACGACUCCAACAUCUUCAUCAAGCCCUUCCUCUCCUGCUGCCCAGAGGUGAAGGUGUACCCUCUGGCACAGACGGAACACGGGGCCGAUGACGUUUUGGUGCUGGGGACGGACGGGCUGUGGGACGUCCUGUCAAACCAGGAAGUGGCUGAGGCCGUUUCCUGUUUCCUUGGAAACUGUGACCCGGACGACCAGCACAGGUACACGAUGGCAGCUCAGGACCUGGUGAUGAAGGCCCGUGGUGUUCUGAAGGAUCGCGGCUGGAGGAUCUCGAACGACAGACUGGGCUCAGGGGACGAUAUCUCUGUGUACAUUAUCCCUUUAAUGUACGGAAACAAACAAAACGAGCACAGCUAACCGUGUCCACCAGGCCUUCGCACCAGACCAUGGACCAAAAUAAGAACUACUUCCACUUAUAAAGGAUCUCGGAUGUCUCCAGAGAAGCUACUGUCCAUUCUUUACUUUCUUUAAUGUUUGUUGCAAAAACUAUGAAUCGCUGAUUUAAGGUGCAAACCGGUUUCGAAGGUUAUUGUGAAAAUGUGAAUUAUUUUGGAAGAAAAAUAAUGUAACUUUUCUGUUAGCAGGUACCCGCUAUGGUGAUGUUAUUGCUAUACUUGGAAUGUUCCACAGUAUAGCAUUAAAGUGAUCAGUUACAGAUGUUGUUAUUGCCAAAAAUACUUUAAAAACCUGCAUUCUGACUGAGCGGGGUCACCUCUCCGCAGAUCUGACCUGGUUACUUGACCUGGUGGCGUCACGGGCUUGUCUCCAUUAACAGAAGAGAUGUUUAAUGCCGUACUGUGGACAAUUUCCAGGUGGUUAAAUGAUAUCUCCAUGGAAACAAAAGUGCAGCUUUAAGUGCUCAAUAAUCCAACCACAGCGUGCGCUUGGUCAGGCUGGGAAUCGAACUGUCAACCCUGUGGUUAGUGAGCAACUUCCUGACUCUGUGUAACGUAUCUGUUUUUUGUUUACUCUGAAUAUCGAAAAUAUCUGAAGUCAUCCACACUAGUCUUAAUGAAGAUUUGGGAUUUUGCCAUGUUGAAGUGACUAAAGCCUGAAGGCCCUGACUCCUCUUGUGAGCGCAGUAGUGAAUCUCAGGACCGCUGUUACUAAUUAAAGCCAAUGCACAAUAUUUCUAAGUGAGAAGCCAAGUGUACAUGAGUGUGUUUUUGUACUCAAGUCUGCGGAGUGUUUACUUGUUUCCUUUUACUUUACAAUUUACAUUUUAAAUUUAUCGGUGUACAACAUUUUUCCAAAAAUGUGGAUCAGAUUUAGUCGUGAUGCAGACUUGGUCCUGCUCUAGCCCUGGUUUAGUCCUGGUCUGGUCCUGGUUUAGUCCUGGUCUGGUCCUGAUUUAAUUCCGUACUGCAAAAAACAAGUCAAGUUCAGAUGAUGCAAAUUAAGAAAGUUUGAUCAUGAUUUGAGUCAAUUUCACUUGACAAGUACAAUUAUUUUAGCCUGAUUCAUCAGCCGGUUUCACUUCGUAGAAACCGUCUGACCUUGCAGUGUUAGAAUUUAUUCGCUCGACAGCAGGCAGGUAUUUUUUAUCAUUUAACCAAUCGCUGCUAUUUGGUCGUGACGUAUGUAAUGCGCUGCUAACGGGGUUAACUGGUAUAUUAAGCUUUUCCCAAAUCCCGUAGGAAGAAGGACAAUAACGUCUUUCCUCUUGAUAAAAUUCACCAAACAUUCUCUUUGUUCUGACUUUAAAUCCUCAAUCUCGGGAAUCGUUGACAACACAGAAUAUAUGACUCUUCGUUGAUUGGCUGGUGCCCAAACUCACACUUCCGGGUUUUUUGCAAACUGUCUAGUGUAUUCUGAUUCCUGACCUAGUCGCUGGAGAGAAAUGAAAUUGAGCAGAGGCACUAGGUGGCGCUGCCCUGGCUACAAUGACCUGCCAGUGGAAUAAGACUUUGUACUUAAUAUGAAACUACAUCUUGCUGCACAUAAAAUAAAAACAACUUUUUGCUCUUAAAAAAACACAAUCAAAUGUUUGAAGUAAGACAAACACACUUAUUCCUUUGGUAGAUCAUUUGACUUGUCAAGAUGGAUUGACUCAAAGUCAAAUGUUCUUAAUUGAAUUCAUUUUAAUUUACACAGAUACAGUUUUUUUUUUUUCCAGUGCAGGUUUAGUUCCAGUUUCGAUGUGGUAAAAAUAUGAACACAGACUAUGUUGGUGAAAUAUUUGACACUAAAGUAAUCAAUUUUAUUUGUUACUAAUAGACUAAACCAGUACAAACAUUCGACUCUGAUAGAUGGUUCUGGACAAAUGCAGAACUAAACCAGGAUUAGAUUAUAAUCUGGGACUAAACCAAGGUUAAAACAAGACAGGAAGAAGAAUACAGUGAAUCCAUGGUUUUCAGAAUGAUGAAUUAGGACAGUUGCCAUGGCGAUUAACAAAUAAGAACUAAAAAUAUAUUUUGAAAAAGUCCUCAAAAUGUUGCAUAUAACAAGAAUCUUAAAAUUGUUUAUAGUUUAACAGAAUAACACAAUUUGACUCUAAUUCCAGUAAAGCACAUCUUCCCUAAAGCACUUAACACAAUGAACUGAUCAUUGUAUAUGUGUGUAUCCUGGACAAUCACUAAAUACUAGAUUUCUAAAACUACAAAAGAUUAUUUUUUCCUCCUUUUACAAAGGAGAAACAGCUCCUGUUGUUUAUGCCUCUGCUCAUGGCUCUUUGUGGAGCAGAGUGUCAGUCAUCGCCUGUUUGAGUGAAACGUACAGUGAAGUGUGCGUCAAACCAUUGUCACCAUUACCACUGACAAUAUGGUGCAGUUUAUCAUUGAAAAUCUCAAUAUUUGUGUACAUUUGUAAUAGCUGUUACUAUUUUUUUAUAUAAGCUUUAUUUCAUAUGUAUGGAAGCCCAUUUCCACCAGUAAAUUAAAAAAAGCCUCACAAGAAGAGUUUAAAAUCAUAAUUAUGAGUUUAAAAGUCAUAAUUAUGAUUUAAAAGUCAUAAUUAUGAAUUUUAAAGUCAUAUCAGUCAUGCAGCCUGUCAAACCUCUUAACUGACAUUUGAACUCUUGUGGUACGAAUGAUUGAAGCUUGAAACAGUGAAAAGUACUUGUACAUUUGUAUAUAAUUGUAGUACAGUACUCUGUUCUUCCUCUGACUGUAUGUGAAAUACUGCAAAUAUUUGUACUGUUUGAGAAACCUGGUGAAAUAAUGAAUCAACUGCACUUUUA